AUGUGGGUGACGGCCACUCUCUGGUCUCCUGUCCUUCUUCACUCUCCCCCACCCAACCCCACCCGGUCUGGCUCCCUGCCCCGCGGCUCUCACCCUCUCCGGAAGCUUCUCUCCUUCCCUCAGGACUUCAAGCCCACCCCAUACCCUCCUCCCCGCCGCGCUCACUCCGCCCCCUCGUCUACCCCUUCCCUUUGCCCUCCAGGCGGUGGCGACGGGGACGGAGGUGGCAUCCACACAGCAGCGCCCAGGACAGGAGGGGCCGCUCUGGGGGCCCCGUGUGGCAGGUCCCCCCCCCCACUUCCCUCCGCUUCUCUGCGCGCCUCUCCUCUUCCUCUACUCCUGUCUCCUUCGCUUCCAGCUUCUUUUCCUCGUAUCUGCUUCUCGCGCCAACCUCCCGCUCUUCGCUCUUCGGGUUGUGCUCGGGGAGCACCCUCCUGCUUUCCACCUGCCAGUCCCUGCUCCCCUCCCCGUCUCCCGGCCUCGGGCCCUCUCUCACACGCCGAUGCUGUCCCCCCACCGUCCCUCCAUGGGGUCUCCUAUCCUCCCCCCCUUUCUGUCCACACUCCCGCUCGGCUUUUCACUGUACCUUCUUUUCAAGGACUUUUUACUCCUCUUUCUGCUCCGUCUCCCCCCCCCCCGCCCCCGCCCGGGUCCUCCCGCCCUUGCGUCUCUACCCCCUCCACGCCCUCCCCCCAACAUUUUCCUUCUCCAUUUCUCCGCCUGGCGUCGUCCCCGAGGGUCUCCCUCAUCCCGUCCCGUCCGUCGGUCUCUCGGCCCCACAUCUGCCCCUCCCCCCAGGUCCCCGGCCGCGCCCCCGGCCCCCUGCCGCCUCCGACAGCGGGGAGGCCCCUGGCCGGUCGCCCCCACGAGCUGGUGACACCCGUCUCCUGCCCCCGAACAGACAGCCCCGUGUUUUGGGUGUCCCAUUUCGCGACAGUCAGGUCACGUCCCGGGACCGCCAGCCCGCCCGUCUCCAGCUCCUCGCGCGCCCGGGGCCGGGGGACACUGCCGGCGACCCGGAAGGGCCCCGUCUCUCGGGAGGCGACACAGCCUCCCUUGCCUCUUCUCUGGCUCCGGCUCUGUCGUUCCUUCGGCCCCCUUCAUCACCCGGCUCCUUCCGCACGCCGUGGGCUCCGGGCUGUCGGUGUUCCCGGCUGUCACUUCUUCGUCUCCUGUGACACUUCUUCCGUGACAGAAGCGCCCGCGGCGUGGCGGCCGGGCGCCGAGGAGGGAGAGGCGUCUCCGCAGCGGGGUGUGACCUCGGUCUCCGGUCGCCUCGCCUGGGCCGGGCCCCCACCCCACCCCACCCCACCCCACCCCACCGGACCCCGGCCCCGGCUUCUGGGCGUGCGCGUGCCUGCCCCUGCCAGUCUGCGCGCGCGCACGCGCCUGUCAGGGCCGGCCCGUGCGCGCGCACGCGCCUGUGUGCGCGCGCCUGUGCCUCUGCGUCCGCGCGCUUCUACCUGUGCGCGUGCGCGCCCCGGCCCCUGCGGGGGGGGGCCCCUCCCCCCGCCAGUGUUUCCGACCCCCUCUCCCUCCCCCAUCCCUUCCCCUCCCCCUCUCGCUCCCCAGCCGCCCCUCACUGCCCCCCUCACUCUUCUCAGCGCGGCUUUGUGCUCUCUCCUCCCCAUCCUUUUUCUUCCACUCCCUCCCCUCUCACCUCCCCACCCCCUCCGGGCUCCACGCGCGCCUGGCACUCCCCGCCCCUCGCUCACACCCCUCCUUUCUCGGCCUCUCUCCUCCUCCGCCCCGCUCUAUCCCGCCUGCUCGCCCGCUCGCUCGCUCGCUCGCUCUCCACACUCGGGUCUCCCUUGUUCUCGUCUCUAGUUCCCGUCCGCUCUCCCCCCUUCCUCCGCCUGCUCUCCUCCCUGUCCUGCUCCGCCUUGGCCUUCUCAUCGCGGCCCUGGCCGAGCUCUCCCUCCUUCUCUGUCGCUGUCCCCGUUCCUCCCCGUCCCCUUCCGCUCUCCCCGCCCUGCGUCUCUGCCUUCUUACCCCGUCUGGCCUCGCGGCUCCCGGUUCGCUCCUCCGCUCCGCACCCUCCCCUGCUCUCCCGGACCGUCUUCUGCCCCCGCCCGUCUUCUCCCGUGCGUUCCCUUCCACUUCCGACUCUCUCCCUUCACCUCUCUCCCUCCUUCUCCUUCCCCAGACGUCGUUCUCCCCGCCACCGUCUCCCCUCUCCCCGCCUCUCUCUCCGGGCCUCCCCCCAGCCUGUCUUCUCGGUCUCCCUUCCUCGUGCCCCUCCUCAUUGCGUGUGUUUCCCCCUGCGCUUUCUCUUCCCUUCUUUCCUCCCGGCUCCCCUCUCCUGCUGGCUUCCAUCCCUUCUCUCCCCACCCCUUCAAUCUCUCUCCCUCUUUCCUCUCUCUCCUCUCUGAAUCUGCUGCUUCUCUCUCUCUCCCCUCCCAGACUUCUCCCCUCGCACUGGCCUCCUUUCCUCUGAGCCUUGUCUCCCGGGAGGCCCCUCCACGCCCAGGCCCCCGCAGGGGCCCUGAGCUCCUCUCCCAUCUCCCUGCCUGAAGUCUUGAGCUGACAUCCACCUGGGGAUCUGUGCCGCGUUCGUGGCAAGAGGCUGCACAGCCCGAAGCAGGGCUGCGAAGCCUGCGGCCCCCCGAGGUGCAAGGGCAUGUGUGACACCCUUUUUCUCUCUCUUUUCUGCCUGUCCUGGACCCUGGACACUGCCCGGAGGAAGGAGGCCUGCCCCUGGCCCAGGAAGGAGGAAACGAGGAGCUGGCCAGAGACCGGGAGUGAGGUGCCUGGAGACCACAGCAUGCGACAUGGAGCGUGGGAGGACCUCACCCGACUCCCGUUUCACGGAUGAGAACACAGGCACCGGUGUUCCCGACGAUCAGCAUCUGCGAGGACAGAGGCUUCGUGGGGACCCCGGCCUUCCCAAAGGGCCAACAGCACCCCCUGCAGGGCACUUCUCUUCGUGGAGAGGGGCCAUGUGGGCCUGACCUCCCCAGAGUAUCCGGCGGAGUAUCCUAUGGGCCUGGGAGGUAUUCUCUGGCGGUGCGAAACCUUUUAUCGCCGCCUACUGAUAAAGGACGGAACUGCAACCCGGCUGGAUUAGGCACCGUGAAUGGCCGGGAAAAACACAAAAACAAAAAAACCCUGCAGGGACUGGAAUGCUUGGGGGGAGGGGUGGGUGGGAGGAGA